UGCCCCUUCGGUGCUGACGAAUGCGCUGGCUUGGACUUAGUCGGCGGCGGCUCCGGCGGCGCUCCGGGCCCAGAGAGCUGGGGCCCAGCUGCCGAAGUGGCGCAGCCUGCUGCGCAGACUACGGCUGAGUUAUUGACUCAAUUCUUCGGUAAUCCCGACGUGUGCGUCGUCUGUGGCGAGCCCCGGUACAUGCGCCAUCGCUUCUGCAAGACUCGCAAGUCAGUGGCGGAGUCUUUGCGAACGGACGCGGAGAGGCAGGAUGCUGAGAUGUCCAAGGCUCUAGGCAAGGAGGCGAGUGACGCACGCAAGGAGGCAAUGGCAGAUCCAACCAUGUGCGUGAUCAAAAUAAGAAAAGCAGAGGAGGACAGUCCCCUGAGCUGCAUGGGCAAAAAGCGGCUCAAGUUCGACCACUUGGAAUAUUCCCAUACGCACAGAAAGCAGAACGUAUCAGAGGAUUUCGCCUUGCUCAAGAGGGUCGACCUCAUCGAGUACACCAUCAUGAUGGAAAGGAAACGCCGUUGGACUCCUGCGCGCUGCUUGGAGGAGUGGGAGAAGUUCCGGCUGGGCGCCAAGACAGGCCGAGACAUGGCAGGGAAAGAGAAAGGCUUUGAGCUCAGGCUGCGGCCCCCUAAGGGCGAUUACGUGAAGGCGGGCGCCGCCAACGUUGAGGGGCGGGCGGCCACGAAUGUUGCAAAGAAAAUGAAAUCGGCAACGGCGUCAGAGCUUGCAACGCUGAGGGGAGAACUGGGCAUGGGUAUGCAGGGCUUCAACAGCGACUUCCAUGGCAAUAUUGGUGGCAUGAGCAGCGCACCGAGUUUCUCUACGCCCCUGGGGCCCAAUGCCAUGUUGGGUCAGAUGGCCCCGUCUGCGCCGCAGGCUGCCCCUGCCGCCCCGGAGCCAGCGACGCCGGCGACCCCCUUGCUUCUCUCGUUGGGAGGUUCGUCGCCGGGGGCUCCGAGCUGCUCGAGCCCCUGGUCAGAGGCUCAGAGCGGCAGCGGGCCCCCUGGCCAGCCGGGCGGCGGCGGCACUGGCGGCGGUGGGCCCGCUCCGAAGCCGACGCCGACGCUGGGCGCGGCCCUGCGCGUCAGCGCUGCCAACAAGCUCAUGAGGGAGCACGCCGCCGAGGUCACUAAGUUGUGCGACAUCUUGGGCAAGGCGCAGGACGCCAUGGAGGUCGACAAUGCGUCGAUGACUGAUGACAAGGGCCACCUCGACAUCUUAUCUCAGCGGACCGACAUGCUAAAGCAGGUGCUCCUGGUGGUGCUGAAGGAGGGCCCCGACCAGGAUCCCCAGGGCAAGGUUAAGCGGUGCCACCCCAAGGUUACAAUCCACCAGAAGGUCAAUGGGAAGUUCAAGACUACCAUUUCUUCGGAUCACGUCCAGGAGGUCGUCGUCAAGAGCGAGCCUGGCCAAGUGAGCUUCGCGAAGCACUUCCAGAAAGAGAUCGUCGCUGAGCAAGGGGACAUUCAGUCCAUGCUUGAUAGGCAUGCAUACGUUCCAAUCGAGAACCCUGGGGACUUGAAGAAUGUUGGGAUGAACAGCAUGCUUGCCAGCGACGUGAGCUCGAUGGACACGACUGCAGAGGUGAAACAAGCAGCCAACGACUGGACCGCCGCAAAGUUGGCGUGGAAGCAGUUGUUCAAGGCCGUGAACAAAGCCAUUGUAGACCUGCAGAGCAACAUCAAGCGGCGCUUCCAGGCGCUCGAGAAAGAGAAGACUGAGGCGGAGAAAUCCCAGGCGAUAUUGGCAGCGAGGCUCAGGCAGGAACAGGGGCAGAGGGCUGCCGAGCAGAAGGCGCGAGUCCGAAUCAACGCAGACAUCUUUAAGCUCAGGUUCGACGGGGAAAUGGUUACCCCGAUGUACCGCAGCGAUAUGGAGUUCACAACUGCCCUGACAACGAAUGGGGUGGACCACAUGAAGCCGUUCGCCGUCGUGGGCGCCGCCGCGCAGAGCUUCGCCGAGGGGGACGCUGCCGAGCCCAUGCUGCAGAGGUUUCUAAUUGGGAAAGGGGGGGUGCCGUCGUUCAAGGACAGCUCAGGGGAGGGCCGCAUCUUCGCGCCUGUGUCGGUCGCUAGCGCGGCCGCCGCAAUGAAGAGCUUGAUCAGCACCUUCGUCCCUGAAGAGAACCAUCCAAGCAUCGACCCCUCCCUGGUGGACAUGGGGAAGUUGACGUGGCCAUGGCUCUACGGCAUGCGGGGCGACCUCGUCCACUCUGACACGGAGUCCCACGGGUUGGGGUCGAUCCGAAUCGUUCUCGGCGGGGAGGUCUCCAUCGCGUGCUUGAUUGGGUCCGCGGCUACGGGGGCCAGUCUCGGCAUCGAGGCCGAGAGCGCAAACCUGGCGCCGAACGUCCUUCGUUUCAGCUGCAUGUCGCAGGAGGACCUCGAUUCGCUGAAGGGCGAGGUGUUCUUCAUCACCGCGCCGACGAACAGCGUCAUCUACCUGCCCCCGGGCUGCCGCGCCAUCACGACGCCGACCAACAAGCCAUGCAGCGUGUGCGGGAUGAUGCAGAUCGCGAUGCCAGCUGCGAUUCCGCCUGAUGGGAUGGCCGGGGUCAUGGCUCCGUGGACGUCCAUUUUCGCUAACUCGUUGAAGCUGAAGGAUAGGGGCAACCUCGAUGUACUGAUCAAAGCUUGGGAUCCUGAGGGGCCCCACCGCAGCGUACCCAAGGCGUCCUCCCUUGCCAAGGAGGAGCAACGUGAAGACGGUGACGAGGCUGCCAGUCGCAGGCAUGAUGGGAUGGCCACGCCAGUACUAGCACCACGGGGUCCUGGCGCUGUUGGCCAGGAGGGCGGGGCGGGCCAGGAGGGGCACAAGGGGGGGAGCUACGACAAGGAUGGCGAGGGGCCCAAGAAGAGCGACGACGAGGAUCUCGAGGGGCCCGUCGAGGGGCCCAAGAUGGGCGACACGGAGGAUGGCGAGGAGACCGAGAUGGGCGACGCCAAGGCCGCCAAGGAUGACAAUGGGCCCAAGGAGGGCGACGACACGAACGGCGAGACCGAGGGUGCCGACAUGAAGGGGGGCGGCGGCGAGGCGAAGGCGGCUGCGGUAGGGGCCGGGGCCGCAGGCCAAGUGGCCGAUGCGGCCCCAGCCAAGGAGGCCGCCCCUGCGCCCGGGGCUGAGGAUGAGGCUGCCUCGGCCUCAGCUGGCGGCGCGACCGUGGGGGCGACGCCGACCACGGCCCCGGCGCAGAAGCGGGCGAGGACGGUGGCCGAGGGCUCCGGCAAGGAGGGCCAGGUGCCGGAUAAGUCCAAGGAGGGCGGGGCGGGCCACUGCCAGGAGGGGCGCGCGGGGGAGAGCUACGACAAGGUCGGCGAGGGGCCCAAGAAGGGCGACGACGAGAUCGGCGAGGGGCCCAAGAUGGGCGACAUGGAGGGCGAUGACAAGGUCAAGGAGGGCCAGGCGGGCCAGGAGGAGCGCGAGGAGGGCGACAACGAGGAUGGCGAGGAGACCGAGAUGGGCGACGCCAAGGAUGGCAAGCCCAAGGAGGGCGACGACAAGAACGGCGAGACCGAGGGCACCGACAUGAAGGGGAGCGGCGGCGAG